GCUCUGUGAAGAGGGUCUCCAUGGAGCUGGGCGGCCUUGCUCCCUUCAUUGUGUUUGACAGCGCCAACGUGGAGCAGGCUGUAGCAGGGGCCAUGGCAUCGAAAUUUAGGAACGCUGGCCAGACUUGCGUUUGCUCAAACCGAUUCCUGGUGCAGAGGGGGAUUCAUGAUUCCUUUGUGAGCAAAUUUGCUGAAGCAAUGAAGACAACUCUGCGUGUAGGGCAUGGAUUUGAGGAGGGAACCACGCAAGGCCCGCUAAUUAAUGAAAAAGCAGUAGAAAAGGUGGAGAAACAGGUGAAUGAUGCCGUUUCUAAGGGGGCCACCAUUGUGACAGGCGGGAAGCGGCACCACCUUGGGAGCAACUUCUACUUCGAGCCCACCCUGCUCAGCAGUGUCACCCAGGAUCUCUGCUCCCGGGAAGAGACUUUCGGGCCCCUGGCGCCAGUUAUCAAGUUCGAUACUGAAGAGGAGGCCAUAGCCAUCGCCAAUGCCACUGAUGUGGGGUUAGCAGGUUAUUUCUACUCUCAAGACCCAGCGCAGAUCUGGAGAGUGGCCGAGCAGCUGGAGGUGGGCAUGGUCGGCGUCAACGAAGGCCUCAUUUCCUCCGUGGAGUGCCCUUUCGGGGGGGUGAAGCAGUCUGGCCUCGGCCGGGAGGGCUCCAAGUACGGCAUUGACGAGUACCUGGAGGUCAAGUACGUGUGUCACGGAGGCUUGUAGGAGUCCUCGGUCCCCUGGAAAAUAAAGAGGGAGGCUUGCCCACACGAACGGGGAGCUGCCACCUGUUUUGUGAAACCGUAGGUUCUCGGAAUGAUGACUUUUUUAGAACUCAUCCAGUCCCUGUAAUCUGAAGCAGAUGCAGAUCCUACCCCUGCGCUUUCCCAACAAGGGGCCGACGUGCGCAGCGUGCCCACGGCUGGGCUCUCCAGGAUGGCCAGCACAGGGUUCCUAGAAAGACGCCCUGGGCCCGUGGCACCACCCCAUCCAUCUCUAGAGCAAGGGUUGGCCCCACACGUGGGCCCUGGGGCUUUGAGAGACUCCCCAGGCACGGCUGAGGGCUGGGGCGGGGGCACGGCCAGCUCACCACUAAGGCUAGGCAGGGUGUAUGCAGAGGUGUCUCUGCAGGGGCUAAGUCAGGCUUUUGUUUAGCCACUUCUGAAAGAGCACAGAGCUGCUGUGGGGAGUGAAGCGGUGCCUCGCCCGGUUUCUGGACCACUCUUCCGUUUGAAGUCUUCAUCAUCCUUAAGUGUCUGCUUUGGAGUUCAUUGAGGGCCUGAGCGUAAUCGUAGAGAGCAGAGGCUAGCAGAAGUAGCCUGGUAGUAAGGCAGGCGCAGGGGGACCCUGCCUGGCCCCUUCCCUGGGCAGCCCUGUCACUGUGGUCGCGCCACUCAGCACCUCCCACCCCAUGUGGGCGGUGACCAUCCUCCGUAGGCCUUACUCAGCCUCAGGGCUGCUGGCAGCCUGGGAGAAAGUGCAAGUAUUCUUCAAAAAGAUGGAGAUCCUGUGUCGGGACGGGAGCCAUCGUUGCUAUGAGCCGUGCCACCCAGAUGCCCUGCACACGUCAGCAGGGGCCUUGCCGCCGAGGGAAGCCAGGCCCACCUGCCCGCUGGCUGUAUGUGGCCUGCUGUGCACUGGGGGUGGAGCUGCCCCUUCACCUGUGCUCACCACAGCAGCCCCAAAAGGAAAGGAUUUCCAUAAUUGCCAGUCCACCCUGCGGAAGGGGCAUGGAGCCUUGCAUUUCAGGCAGCGUUAAUCUAAAAUUUGUGGACAGUUCAGCAAGCAAACAACACACAAGACACAAAAACCCCAUGACCAGCGUUGGCUCUUACUCUUAAAGAAAACCUCCAAGAAAGUCCGAGGCUCCUCCAGACACGUCACCCAUGCUCACGGGGAUAAAGGCCGAUCCUGGCCACAGGGGCACAGAGGAAGCUCCCUCCUCUUCCCCAGUCUCAGUGUGUAGACCCCACUCUCAUUCCGUGGAUGUGCCACGUAGCGGGUGAAAGUAGUGCUGGUGGCCGGCGCCGCGGCUCACUAGGCUAAUCCUCCGCCUUAUGGCGCCGGCACACCAGGUUCUAGUCCUGGUCGGGGCGCCAGAUUCUGUCUCGGUUGCCCCUCUUCCAGGCCAGCCCUCUGCUGUGGCCAGGGAGUGCAGUGGAGGAUGGCCCAGGUGCUUGGGCCCUGCACCCCAUGGGAGACCAGGAGAAGCACCUGGCUCCUGGCUCCUGCCAUCGGAUAAGCGCGGUGCGCCGGCCGCAGCGCGCCGGCGGCGGCGGCCAUUGGAGGGUGAACUAACGGCAGAGGAAGACCUUUCUCUCUGUCUCUCUCUCUCACUGUCCACUCUGCCUGUCAAAAAAAAAAGAAAGAAAGAAAAAGAAAAAAAAAAGAAAGUAGUGCUGGCUACAAUCACCCCUGAGCCCCACACAGCGCUGAGCAGCCCUCCAUGAGCCACUGGGGAGCUGGCCGAGUAGCCGACGGCACACAGGGGCACCUCCAGGCUGGCGCUGGCUUCCCUGGGGCCUGGCUUACACCAGCUGAUCACCAAGGUCAAGGGAGAGGGGAGCAGACACCUGCCUGCUGGUGACACCGCCCAGCACUGGCAGAGGUCCCAUCCCUGCCAUGAUGACACUCAAUUUCUAUUCUACUGGUGUCAUCCUUGGGUGGCUUUUAAUCUAAGUACUUGAAAUCUGGGUGUGUCCGUUUUUUUCUAUUAAGAAUACAGAAUUUCAGGCAUUAGUUUUUAAAGUCAGACAGCCAUGCUAAGCUGUGUAGAAGAUAUUUUUCAAACAUAUUUUUUGACUUUGGAACAGAGUCCUUACUUUGGUGACCAAUUUUAAGUUUUCCUGCAUAUUUUGUUUUCUAGAUAAAUUUAGGGCCAGAGGCUCAAGGCCAUAGCCUUGAUCAAUUCUGUAAUUAAAACUUGGAAAGGAAACAGCUUAUUGUUUAAUAAAAUGUUCCCCGGUGGUGGGAAGACAGAGAAGUGUUUUUAAGUUGAACUUUUUUGGUUAUUUUUCAAUAAGGUAACCAUUUGUGUUAGAUGGGAUUUACAUACACACACACACACACACACACAAAAUGGAAAAGGAUCAUGAGACCAUGGUUUGACAACUACAUCACACACACAGGCCAGGUCUGACCUGCACCUGGUGUUGUCCAACACGAUAGCUAUGAACUGUGCUAUUUUCAAAUGGUUAGAAAAAGAACAAGACAGUGCUUUAUGAUACAUGAGAAUUCUAUGAAAUUCAGAUUCCAGGCUCCAUAAGUAAAACGGUAUUGGAAUACAGCCACACCCUGGGUCACACCAGCUGACCACCAAGGUCAAAGGCAGAAAUCCAGCACUAGUGACACUGCCCUUGGGUGACUGUCAGUCCAGGGAGGUGGAUUCGGGAGUGUCCAUCUUCUCACAUGACACUGCUUGGCAGAGUUGGACAAGAGCAGCAGUGUGGCCUGCAAAGCCUAAAAUAUUUACUGUUUGGCUCCUUAAAGGCAAAGUUUGCCAGCCUCCGGUCUAGACCAGGAGGGAGAGAGCAACCUGUCCACGACUGCUGGGCAGUGCUUUGUGUCCUGAACACCUGUGUAGCAACAGGGCUACCCCGGGGUCUCAGCAGGAACUGCUCAGCCAUCGCCACGCGACUCACAUCAAACCACCCAAACAACAAGUCUGUGGGCCUUAAAGAAGCGCUUUUCAAACUGGGUCCCGUCGAGACAGGGCUUAUGGAGAGCUGAUCUGCAUCUGUUUCCCGACCAUGUGAGUGUUUUUAAGUAGAUUUUACGUGAAGUGCUGUUUCUCUCUGUGUGUCUGCCUUCAUGCUUACGGUGAGACUCCGUGAAAACAAAGACGAGAAGCACAAUGUAAAUUACUGUCAGCCGACACUCUGAACCUGACAUUGUGCCACGUGACUUUUCUCUCUGAACGCUGGGUCCUAGUGUUUUACUUACCCAAGUGCGGCUAUAUUUGGUAGCAUUUUACUUGAAUAAAAUAAAUGCUGUGAUUGUUUCAUGCUAUACUUUGGGGGAUAAAACUUGGCAUAAGUGUAGCAGGAAACGUAGGAACACUUUGCUUUUUUAAGCAUGUGCACAUGACUUAUUUUUCUAGUUUUUGAUGGUCGUGUAUAUCAAUGUAUCAUCAGCAGAUCCUAUCUAUGUGUGUGUCAUUAAUAAACGAUCAAUUAACAGAA